AUAGAACACCGUCUCUCCGCCCACACCGACGGCGGCGCUGCUGAUCGCGGUUCUCUUUCAGACUGCUCUCGUCUCUCUCCUCGCGAGCCACCAGUAGUACAGCCCCGACGGGCCAGCGAAUAAACGGCUCCCGCGCGCUUAUACACACGUAUAUGUAUAUAUACAUAUAUAUGUAUACACGUACAUCUUUCUCUCUCUCUCUCUCUCUCUCUCUCUCUCGCGUUUAACCUAACGUGUGUACGUGUGUAAUAAUAACAACAAUAGUACACAGGCGAGAGAGCAUCGCAGAGCCGCGGCGACGUGUGCCGUGCCAGUAUAAUACGGACGAAGCAGGCAGAGUGAGUGCGCGAAGGAAAGGAAAGAGAGAGAGAGAAAGACGCGGAGGCGCACAUCUGCCGCGCCGCCCGGAGACACUAUAACGCGCGCGCGAGAGAUAGAGGUUAUAGUAUCCGCCAGAGUGUGCAGGGAGAGAGUCGACAGCACGGACAACUCUCGAAGAGAGCUAUUAUAUCCGCGUGCAGUGCGCGUUAUUAGUGCUAUCCGGAGCCUGUGAACCUGGACAUCAUUAUCGGGUCUCUCUCCCUUUUUACUCGGUAUACUACUUGUAUACCAGUGUAUAUUCAAGCUGAGCCAGCAGCAGCAGCAGCACUUGUGAUAGAUUGAUACAGAGAUACACCUAUACGCGUGUGCUCUCUCUCUCUCUCACUUUGCGUGUGCCUAUAUAGCUAUAUACCGAGACACACGUCGCGCGCGACUGAGAGAGUUAGAAGACGGUGUGCGUGUGACUCUUCGCUGCGCGUGUACACACCGGAGUGCAGAGAAAGAGAGAAGCAGGUAUAUAUAGUAUAUACGCUGCGCGGAUCUCUCUUCGUGGUGCGACCGCUGCUGCAGUUCGUUUUCAUUCAGCGAGACGUCGUAUCCAGAGGUCCUGCCGAAGCAUCGCCAUCUCGAGUCUGGGAGACAGGUGAAAAGAAGAGGCAGUGUCGGGAGAAGAGAAGCUCAGAAAGGCCAAGGGGCGCGUUCGCACAGCUUCAGCACGCGGGGCGGCGGACUGGCCGCUCGGUGAGGGCCGAGGUAGCCGGAGGAGUAAGGAGGAGCAGCCAUGGGUAAACAGAACAGCAAACUCAAGCCCGAGGUGCUCGAGGACCUCAAGCAGAACACCGAGUUCUCAGACGCCGAAAUCCAAGAAUGGUACAAAGGCUUUCUAAAAGACUGCCCAAGCGGACACCUCAGCGUCGAGGAGUUUAAGAAAAUAUACGGAAAUUUUUUCCCUUACGGUGACGCGUCGAAGUUUGCAGAGCACGUCUUUAGGACGUUCGACGCCAACGGGGAUGGGACGAUCGACUUCCGGGAAUUCCUCUGCGCCCUGAGCGUCACCUCGCGCGGCAAACUGGAGCAGAAGCUCAAGUGGGCCUUUAGCAUGUACGACCUCGACGGAAACGGCUACAUCUCGCGGCAGGAGAUGCUGGAAAUCGUCACGGCAAUCUACAAGAUGGUCGGUACGGUGAUGAAGAUGCCGGAGGACGAGUCGACGCCGGAGAAGCGCACGGAUAAGAUAUUCCGACAGAUGGACAAGAACAAGGACGGCAAACUUUCACUCGAGGAAUUCAUUGAGGGCGCGAAGAGCGAUCCCUCGAUCGUGCGACUGUUGCAGUGCGACCCAAGCGCACAGGCUCAGUGAGACCCUGGCGGGUGCAGUGCUGCGGGACCGGCGCAUCUACCCUGAUAGACCCGCGCGACAGACCCUAGUCGAGCUGCAGACAAAAAAAUUAAUAAUAAUAAUAACGAUCAUACAUUCGACAACCGUACAGACAGAUACGAACAUAAGUACACAGACAGAAACACUCUAACCCGAUAUCAGCACUCAUCCCCGCGCCCGCCGACCCGUUAUUAUGGGAGAGUCGUCGCCCGGCCCUCGUUAUUAGAAAAAAAUACGCUGCUACUCGUGGUUCUGAUAACGACGAUGAUAAUAAUUGGAAAUGACCCUUGGCACCUUCGAGGGAGAGAUGGAGACACAUACACACGCAUAUGCAUACAAUUGUCUUGUGUUACAUACUUAUAAACUUUGUGUGAGCGUGCUUCUUUUUUAUUUCAGUCAGAGCCAGUGAUUAUACUACUGUUAUUACUACUGUAUACAUGAUUUUUCUUUCGCUUCUUCUCUCUCCACACACUGUCACGUUUUACUCUUCUACUUUGCACAGCUGCUCCCGGAAGAGGAAUAUCGCUUGGCUAUUGUGUCUGUGUGCGCGCUCGCUUUUUUUCCGAAGAGGCUGCGGAUCGAUCUACGAAGGAGCAGUCGCCGAUUUAUAUAAUUCUUUUAUUUUUUAAUUUUAUCUCGUUCAGCUUGCUAUAACUGUAUACUAUGAUCUGUAUAGGUUUUUACCCAGUCUCUCACUAACGAUUUUGUUUGUGCACCCCCUAAGUCUCGAAUGCGAGUGCGUUUUCGUUCUUUUUGUUAUUUAUGUUAUUAUUAUUAUUAUUAUUAUUAUUAUUAUUAUUAUUAUUAUUAUUAUUAUUAUGUGUGUCACGCGAAAUGCAGAUAUGUGUUGUCUAAGCGGAGGAAAGCAAUUUGUACAUCCGUUAUUUUUAAUUUAUGUAAGCUGUAGUUCUCAUUCGGAUCUGUUAAAUUUAAUUAUAGAUCUAUAUGAUACAAUAUUAUAUACAAUCUUUAGUGUAUGGAAUUAAUUUUAGAAUCGUUAGUUCGUAGUGAAGGUAUGUACAAAUUGCUCUCCGCAUCAAAACGUACACAUACCACCAGCACCACCUCUCCUCUCGGAGGCAUCAAGUCCCAAGUCCAGACUCAACUCGGUGAGGGCGAUCGAUCCUCCCGAGGAGUUUGGAGCGAGAGUAAAGGGCGUCUCGAAGGACCGGGUGCCGACGAGCUAUAAGACACCCACGAGAGCCUCCAGCCGGCGACGCCGGGGACUCGUCCAGGCCACUGGGUCCAUGGCGCCUGUGUCCACCGCAAGCUAGUCGACGACCAAUUAUAAUUACAUAUUCAUUAUAUUAUGGUCGUCACAGGUCGAUCCGUUCUCACAGACUAGUCCACGCAGUCGCCUUCUUUUUUAGAGACAUUUUUGUCGAGCGCAGAGGACAAAAAUCUUCGUACAUGUACGACCCGGUUGCGCCGGGUCACAUAGAUACAUACAUACCUGAUAUGUAUAUGAUGUGAAAAAAACAAAGUGUGCGCUGCGCGACGCGAGAUAUUUGGACUCUCUGCGCCGGGGCUAAUCGUCGCGUCGCUGUCUCAAAACGGCAGCGCCGCCGUCUCUGCUAUUACACAAAAUACUCUUUCGUUGCAGUGGAAUAGCGUUAAUUUUUCUUGGAUUUUUUAUUAUCAUCAUUAUGUAAUAACUAUUAUCAUUAAAAUAAUUAUCGCUGCGAGAGGAUUCGUACGUCUACAGGGCAGAGAGAGACUGCGCGAGCACAAAAUACUACGUAGCUAUAGGCGGUUGAAAAUUAACUCGAUUCUAUUGCAGGCGAACGAUGCGCGCGCGAGGCGUGUGUGUUAUAUAUGUGUCUAGAAGCGAAAAGGUCCGAGUAAUAAGGAAAAAAAUUUGUAAAGUUUUUAUUUUUCUAUAUGCUGUAAUAAAUGGUUACACACCGUAUCGUAGUGGCGCACGCGCGCUUAAGAGAGAGAGCAAAGAUUGCCUGUUGAUAAUGGAGAAGCUAAUAUAUUUAAAAGAGCGUUAUAUAUACUCGAAGCAAUUGUUACUGAGAUCACGUCGACAAAUUUUUAUAAAUUCCUUAUAUAAUGAUGAUCUGUAGUGUGGAGCGUUGUUUGUAACGAGGGAGGUGCGACCUUUUCGUUUUUAGAUUGUAUACGAGAGCAGGUCGCGAGGCGCCGCCGCCAGAGACUUCGACACUUGCCUCGCGCAGAGUGCUACCGAGAUAUAUAAUUCUACAAAGGAAUAUAAAAAUAGUACGUACGACUGAUUUUUUCGAGAUGAAGCCGAAGGACGUACGUGCGCCGCGCUUGCGCGACGCCGAGUCUCUCUUUCGCGCACAAUUAUUCAUCGCACUUUUUAUGCUCUUCUCUCUCUUACACUUUAAAUAUUUAUAAGUGAGAAUAUAUAUAUAUAUAUAUAUAUAUAUAUAUAUAUAUAUAUAUACACAUAUAUACAAAUCUCUAUCUUGCCGACUUUGUAUUGUCGUCAUCGUCUUGUCGUUCUGCGUCGCUCCUCGCGUGGCGAGUGUAAAUGAAAUGAAUUAUAUGAUACGAUCGAUCGCGAGAGAGAGACGCGUGUAAAUGUACUGUAAGUCGUGACUCGGCGUCGCGUUGAAUAAUGAGCUAAACGAGAUUGUCACUCUUUCUUUCGCCCUGGCUGUGUGUAGUGAAGAUAAACGAUGAUAUUAUUCGAAGAAAAUUAUACACUAUGCGAAUGAAAAUUGUUCAUAAAUGCUCAAUACCUACGAAUUUUCACUAUAUCACUGUCACGAGGUCGAAAGAAGGAGAAAAAAAUUGUAUUGGAAGAAAAACACGAUGGCGUUCAUUGUAAGGAAGGAAAGAAAGCGUCGUCGCGUACGUUUACGCUUUGUAAGUGCUUCUUUCCUGCCCGCUCCGUUAUUUUGCAAGUGAUACACGGACGUAAUAAUAGUAGGCGUGUAUAGUGCGUCGCGAGACCGUGAAGCUCGGUAAAUCGUUUUUUCGUCUUGUAUUCAUCUCUCCGCGUUAUAUUCCCCGUUUUUUGUUUCUUUCUCGUUAUCCGGUCACCUGCAGCGCUAUAUUUAUAUUGUAUACUGUGACAUCCCCCGGUAGUUUUUUGUCCAGGACGGAGAGCGAGAAAGUUCAACAAAACUCCGCGGUAUAUUUCUCGAUUUUACGAAACGAAAAGCGAAAAUGCAAAAAAAAAGACAAAAUGAUGAUGGAAAAAGCUGUAGCACGUAAUCUGUCGUUUGCACUUUACACUGUCGACAAAAGAAGAUAUUAUAUACGAUAUGCGAUUCAUUAUAGAAGAGGAGAUAAUUUUCUUUUUUUUUGAAAGAGACUUUAAAUAAAUGAAUAAACGAACAAUUACUAAGCAAAUGAAAAAUAAAAUUGAUAACAUCUUGUUGAUGAAUCGUAGGUCCGUCGAAAAAAUAAAGAAACUAACAAAGAAAACGUAGGGGCGCUAUACGACAUAUUAUCCGACGGUCCGACGAUUUUCCAUUUCUAUUUCGAAAGUGGCGUUAUAGAUUUAAUUAUUACUCCACUGUAUUUCCUAAGAUGUACAUCUGUUCGUCUUGUGCUCAUUACUAGCUUAAGUCAGAUGAAAUAAAAGAAAAAAGAAUACAAA